AAACUUGAACUCAGUAUAUAAUGGUCAUGCCCAUCUCCAAGUUGGUGCCCUGGAUGACACUGCCCCCCCACUCUCUAUUCAAUGGUGCCUUCUCAGAUUUAGAAAAUACAGUUUACCAAAAUCUUCCUGCAGUAUGUGUCCUGAAGUCUGACUAACAUGCCUGUCACCAAGGGGUCGCACUGGAUGGCACUACUAUGUCACUAUUCAAUGGUGCACUCUCAGAUUUACUAUACUUUAGCAUUAUUACAAAUAAGUACCCUUCCAGAAUAUUCUGAAGCACCCCCGGGCACCAAAGUCUGGUAAUGGUUCCACUGUUCUACUACAGUCACCAUCAAGCCCAACUCCAUAACUGUUUUUUUAAUUUUAUUGACCUAUUAAGACGAGAAUAAGUAAGGCAAGGACCGCUUUCCACCUGUUAAAAAAAGUAUGGAGCGCAAGUGUAAUUUCAAUAAAGAACAAAAUAAGAAUUUUUAACACUAACGUAAAAGCGGUGUUAUUGUAUGGGGCUGAGACAUGGUGAACAACAGUUAAGUCAAAUAAGCAAAUACAAUCAUUCAUCAACAGGUGCUUGUGUAGUAUACUUAAAAUAAGAUGGCCUGAACACAUUAGCAAUAUGGAGCUAUGGCAAAGAACGAAUCAAGUUUCGAUUAGGCAGCAAAUAUUUAAGAAAAAGUGGAAGUGGAUUGGUAGCACAAUUAGAAAGAACACACCAAAUGUAGGGAAAAGUGCUUUACAGUGGAAUCCGGAUGAAUAUAGAAAGAGGGGUAGGCCUAAGAACUUGUGGCGUAGAUCAACACAAAAAGAACUAGAGAAAGGGGGACAUUCAUGGCAGAGUAUAAGUACAGAAGCGAGAAAUUAUGCGACAUGGAAUUCAAUUAUAAGUGGCCUAUACUCCACGUUGGAGGGUUAAAAGCAAGAAGACCUAGAAGAGUGAAAGGUAAAUCAACCUCGGCAAAAUUUGAACUUGGAAUGUCAAGAACUGGAAGAAAAUGAUGAUUGCAAAAACAUUUUGUCUCUCUAGGCUUUCAGGUAUUGAAAGAUUGUAAGAAAGUACUUGAUUGGUACUUUGUUUUAUCAGCCUCGGAGCGGGAUUUGAACUUGAAAUGUAAAGAGCUGGAAGAAAAUAAUAACCACAAGACAUUUUGUCAAAUGCUCUGAACAACUCUCUCUAGGCUUUCAGACAUCGAAAGAUUUGGAAGAAAAUACUUGACUGGAAUUUUAUUUUAUUGGUUUAGAAGUGGGAAUUGAACUUGGAACAUAAAGAGGUACAAGAAAAUACUGACCACAAGACAUUUUGCUUAAUGUUCCUAACAAGUCUAUCUUGGUCUGUAUUUUGUCACUUUGGUCUUUUGUACAGGAAAUCGAUAACGUGUAAGAAAUUCAAGAAAUUCAAGUUGUUUUAUAUAUAUAUUUUUUCUUUUUGUCUCGUACAUUUCCUGCUAUUACUUGUUUUAUUUUAAUUGACGCCGCUUUAGGUAAAGAUUGCCUAAGGCGGCGGUACGUGUGUAUGUGCGUGCAUGCGUCUGUGCAGAACAGCGUGUACUGUGGCAUAUGCACGUGCUUGUGUGUGUGUGUGUCUGUCUGUCUGUCUGUCUGUCUGUGUGUCUCACACACACACACACACACACACAUUAGUCUUUGCGAAGCACCAUGGUGAUAAUGUACAGCGCCACCUCAGCGGACACUAAUCCGUUACGUUGUUGUUAGUGUUACCAUGGAAACCAGCCGAGACUGAUAUAUAUAACAUACAGACAGAAGAGCUUAUAUUUUGCAUCAAAAACCGAUAUGACGAAUCAACAAUGGUACAAAGACAGGUCCAGUGCUUUGAAGAAGAUGAAAGCGAAGACUUUAGGAAUAAUGGGAGCUGGUUUUAUUGCUGAUGUAGAAACCAGGAACAUGGAAGAACGACUGAAUGUGAUGAAAACAGCAAUAGAAAGAGACAAGGAAGAGCGGAAAAAGCGAGGUGGCCUUUACUGGACAUCAGGUCAAAAGGGUAAACUGAACAAAUAUGCAGAUAAAAUUCUAUCAGCACCUAAUUACAAAAUGAUGAAGAAUUUGAGAUUGCUAACUGACGAAAAUGUUGAAUUGCCAGAGAGAUAUCCCUCUGCCAAUUUAUCGCAAAAACUGAGCAACAUAACCAACUGGACCGGAUCUCGCAAAGAGACAUCUAGCAGCAAACACGGGAAGCAAUGUGGACAGUGUGAAGUUAACAAAGCAGAUUUCUGCUGCCUUCAAUGUACAGAAGUUUAUUGUUCCAGCUGUUUUGCCAGCUAUCACAGAAAGGGAGCACUUCGCAAACACAGAUCCAUCUCUUUGGAUAUUUCCAAUGUGACCCGUCCCAAGUCAAGGUACCUGGACAGGGAAAGAGCUUUACAUUCAGCAAGAACACAGAUGAAUGAUGCAGUGUUUUACCUGUUCACAGGUGUGCAAAUUGACAUCAAGAAUAAGAACCAAUAUCAGCAACUAGUGUCACUGUGUACCACAUCAAACACUAAUUUAACCUAUGCUGAACGCAUCAUGCUGAAACAACACAGGCAAAAAACUCCUCAGCCAACCAGCAAUGUCAAGUCUCCUUCCGAAUAUGACCCUCAAGUCACAAAUCAGCAACUUGACAACGGGAAGCAACCUCCACAGUCUGUAGACAAUGUUGAUUCAGAUGAUGAAAGGCAGUGCAUCACUGAUGAGAUGGAGCAGGGUCAAACGCCACAGGUGAGUGGUGGUCAAGGCUACGUCACUGCUGAAGACACACGCAUCAUUGAGAAAAGAUCUGGUGACACCCAGCGACCUCUACAGUCAUCAAAGGAGGUUACUUCUACAGGUAAGAACCAAUGUACCACUGAGUCGCAGUCAAAUGAAGGAGAAGAACAAGAAACAGUUGCUGAGGCUGAAGAAUCUAAAACACAGCAGAAACCAGAAGAGACAGAGAUUGGUGGAAAUUCUCUUGUGUCAGGAGAAGCAAACCCUGCUGGUGAUGUAGAAUCAGUGUCUUUUACUUCUCUGUACAAAAUGGUAACCCAAGCUGUACCAUCUGCAAACCAGAACAAUGACGAUAUUGGUGAUGAUCUUCACAGACAAGUACAAGUUGUUCCAUUAUUCAAUUCCAGUCGAGCAUGUGCCAGUUGCAAUUCUUAUUACAGUGGAGAGAGAAGACACUAUUUGAGAAAUAAAGGAGACAGCGAUGAUGAGAAGGAUGACGGCACUGGAACCCAUCGUCGACCCCUUUCUGUCCCCAGUGACACAAUGUUUGCUAAAAGAAUUGGUUUGGAAGGGUCAGCUUCUCGGACAGUGAUCCCUUUUAGGGGGCAGUCUUUCAACAGGCAGUCGGCCCCAGCAAAGAAAACAUCGUCCGACAUUGAAGAGCUUGAGCAAGUCUCUCAACAGCCUGUUUACCAAUUAGGUGACACGAGAAAGGAUUCAGAACAUUCCCUGCUUAAAGCUGGAAUCGAUGUCAAUGGUCAGAAGACGGACUUCACGGAUUUGGAUUUGGCGCCAACAGAUGGAAGCAUAACAGCUUUUGGUGAGGACCACUCAGAGGCAGUGAAGACAAUCAGAGACAUCUUGCAGGAAACAAGUCCAAAACCAAACAAGAGUUUCCGCAACGAUUCACCAGGAAACCAGUUGACUCUGACAGAGCAUUCCAGAUCAAACUUAUCGGAACAGAGCAGUGAGACCACUAACCAGAACAGAUCAAACUUAUCGGAACAGAGCAGUGAGACCACUAACCAGAACAGUGGCACUGGAAUUAUCUUACCAUUCCGUGACUCGCCAACUAGGUUAUCUACUGACAUGAUGGCAGAUUUCUCUCCAUCAAAGAUUUGCUAUGUAUCCGAUGAUGAAAUGUCAACGUCAAGUAGUUCGUUUGAUAACGAGGAUAUUGGUCUUAGGUCUGUGGAUCAACCCAUGGACCAGAAAGAUGGACGCUCACCUGUGUAUAGUUCCAAGAGGCUUGAUGUUUGUGUCUGCUCAUGUUCACAGAGUGACAGUGACAAUGAGUGUGACUGUGAUGAUGAUGAUGAUGAUAAUGACAAUGGUGGUGAUGGUAAUGAUGGUGGUAGUGAUGGUGGUAGCGGUGGUGGUGGUGUGACACGCAUCAAUGAUUUUGCUCCUACAUCCUCGGACAAUAUCAACAAUAUGCUUGGCAGUUUUACUAACUCACCUGUGUGUAAUUCUGGGACUCAGAGGUCCAAUGCUAACACACCUAAUGAUCCUUCUCAUUCACCUAGAUCUGAUCGUUAUACACUUGACAGUCGUACAAAUACACCUGAACAUAAAGAUACAUCUUCCAGACACAUUAAGUCGCCGAGACCUAAUAGAGUGAAAACUAACACACCUGACAGUGAGACAAGCAUACCUGGAUUUAACAAGACAUGUACUAGACAUGCUGAAGCACUUAGAUCUGAUACUAAUUCACCUGAGAGUGAUGAAAUUACACCUGGACAUACUAACAACACAUCUAUUAAACCAACAAAAUCACCUAGAUCUAAUCUCAAUACACCUGAUAGUGAUAUAGACUCAUCUAGAGAUUAUGAUAACGAUACACCUGUCAGUCAUGUUAUCUCACCUAGAUUUAAUAUUGUCUCACCUGACAGUGAUAUUAACACUCCUAGAUACAUUGAGUCACCAAUAUCUAAUGCAAGCACACCUGACAGAUCUGGUAGCAGCACACCUGGACUUAAUCAUACACCUGAUAGAAAUACUAAAUCACCAACAUCUAAUAACAACACACCUGAGAUUGAUAAAGACACAACCAGGGAUAAUAAUGAUAUAUCUACAAGACGUGUUGAAUCACCAAGAUCUAAUACCAACACACCUGAGAUUGAUAUAAAUAUACCUGGACAUCUUAACAAUGUAUCAACCACUUGUGUCGAAUCAAGAUCUAAUAGCAACACACCUGAAAGUGAUAGCAACUCACCUGAGAUUGAUAUAAAUACACUUGAACUUCUAAAUAAUGUAUCGACCAUUUGUGUCAAAUCAUCGCAGUCUGACAUCAACAUACCUGAAAAUGAUAGCAACACACCUGAUAUCGAUAUAAACACACCUGGAAUUCUCAACAACAUAACAAGCACCUGUGUCAAAUUGUCACAGUCUAACAUCAACAUACCUGAAAGUGAUAGUAACUCACCUGAUAGUGAUAUUAAUAUACCUGGACUUCUAAACAAUGUAUCAACCACUUGUGUGAAAUCAAGAUCUAAUAACAACAUACGUGAAAAUGAUAGCAACUCAAACAAUAUUGAUGGACUUCUUAACAACAUGUCAAGCACUUGUGUCAAAUCAUCUAGAUCCGACACCAACACACCUGAAAGUGAUAGUAACGCACCUGAUAUUGAUGUAAAUGUACCUGAACUUCUUAACAACAUAUCGAGCACUUGUGUCAAACCACCAAGAUCCAACACUAAUACACCUGAAAGUGAUAAAAAUGCACUUAAAUUUAAUACUAACACAGCUAUUAGUCCCACAAACGAGGGAAGAAGUCUUUCGAAUACAUCAAGCAGUCUUAGUAUCUCACCUACAAGUUUUACCAACUCACCCAAGCUUAAGGCUAACUCCCCUUCACCUAGAAGCUUUGGUAAGUCUCCUAGACUCGAGACUGAUAUUGCUGGAAGCCAUAUCAACACACCUACAUAUAUCAACAAAGACAUUAGUGACCCUUCAGGACAUCUUAGCAACACCCCAAGAAGUGAUGCCAACACACCUGUUGAUGUUACAAACACCCCUAGAAGCAACAUCGCCACACCUGUUGGGGUUACGGUAACACCUGAAAGUGAUUUACACCCAGAUGAGAACAUUGAUAAUUCCAAAAGAUUGAAUUGUAAUUCUGAUACAAAUAUGUUGUCCAAGACAGCAGUCAUUGUAAACAUGCCAAGAUGUAACUCUCAUACAGGUAUGAUGCAAGAUACACCUGCUAAACGUACCAAAUCAUCAAGAUAUAAUGCCAGCACACCUGACAGUGAUAAAAUCUCAUUUAGACGAAAUAAUAACACAUCUGCUAGAAACACCAGGUCACCUGUUACAAUUACAUCUAGAGAUAAUUCUCUCACAGAUCUGGUGUCCGACACAACAUUGAGUACUAAUAUAUCUAGAGAUAACUCUUGUAUAGAUGUGGUGUCUGACACAGCAGUUGUUGCGAAAACAUCUAGAAGUAACUCUCGCACAAAUCUGGUGUCUGACACAGCAUUGAAUACCAAGACAACUAGGAGUAAUUCUCAUAUAGACAUGGUCUUCAAUGCAACACUUGUUUCUGAGACAUCUAGAACAAGUUCUCACACAGAUUUGGUGUCCAACAUACCAACAAGUACCAAAACAUCUAGGAGUAAUUCUUCUACAGAUAUGGCAUCUGACACAGCAAUUGUUACCAAAACGUCUAGAAAUAAUUCUCGCACAGAUAUGGCAUCUGACACAGCAAUUGUUAGCAAAACGUCUAGAAAUAAUUCUCGCACAGAUAUGGCAUCUGACACAGCAAUUGUUAGCAAAACGUCUAGAAAUAAUUCUCGCACAGAUAUGAAAUAA